CGCGAGGGACGUACCCGGAUUGAGAGAGGGGCUCUGCCGCGGCGGAGGGCCGGGCGCGAGGCCGAGCGCCAAUUAAACUGGGAAAGCUGCAUGUAUUUUCUUCCUGAGGCACAGCUCCUUCAGGUAGCCAGGGCCCUUGGCCGAAGGAAGAAACUGGUCACUCAAGCUUACCCUGUCGUCCGCGCCAGAAACAACAGGGCCUUUCCUGGGUGCGCCUGGCUGUGGAAAGGCGCUCCCCUGCCUUUGGCUGCCCGGUGGUGCUGGCCGUGGGCCAGUGGCUCGGCUUCUGCACCGCUUCGGCACCUCUCGCACCCAGAGCCACCGAGCCCCACCUCCACGAUGGCAGAGCAGCGCUACUGCGUGGACUACGCCAAGCGCGGCACGGCCGGCUGCAAGAAGUGCAAGGAGAAGAUCCUCAAGGGCCUGGUGCGCAUCGGCAAGGUCGUGCCCAACCCGUUCACGGAGUCCGGCGGAGACAUGAAGGAGUGGUACCACGUCAAGUGCAUAUUUGAGAAACUGGAAAGGGCCCGGGCCACGACCAAGAAGAUUGAGGACAUCAUGGACCUGGAAGGCUGGGAGGAACUGCAGGAUGCUGAAAAAGAGCUGGUAAACCAACACAUCUCAGACCUGACUUCGAAAGCUGUGAGCACGCCCAAGAAAAAGGUGGUCGUCCAGGCAAAGCUUUCUCCUGGGGGACAGAUCACCUCUCCCAAGAAGAUGCCAGGGGCCCCUUCGGAUCCAUCACCAAAGAAAUUUUCAGGGUUUACAGCAAAGCCUGGCAGUUCAGAAGACGCAGCCCCCAGCGUGCCCCACAAGCCAAGCUUGUCCACCGAGAAGUGCGACCCAAAGCACAAGGACUGUCUGCUGCGGGAGUUCAGGAAGCUGUGCGCCAUGGUGGCAGAUAAGCCCAGCUACAACGUUAAAACCCAGAUUAUCCAGGACUUUCUGCAGAAGGGAAGCAAUGGAGACGCCUUUCGUGGGGACCUCUACCUGACCGUGAAGCUGCUGCUGCCAGGAGUCGUUAAGAGUGUCUAUAACUUGAAUGACAAGCAGAUCGUCAAGCUCUUUAGUAGGAUAUUCAGCUGCAGCCAGGAAGACAUGGUCCGUGACUUGGAGCAGGGUGAUGUUUCUGAGACAGUGCGGCUCUUUUUUGAGCAAAGCCAAUCGUGCCCUCCCGCGGCCAAGAGCCUUUUGACGAUCCAGGAAGUCGAAGAGUUCCUAGCGCGGCUCUCCAGACUCUCCAAAGAGGACGAUCAGCAAAGUCUGCUGCAAGAGCUGGCAAAAAGGUGCACCGGCAAUGACUUGAAAUGCAUCAUCAGGCUGAUUAAACACGAUCUGAAAAUGAACGCCGGUGCAAAACAUGUGCUAGACGCUUUAGACCCCAAUGCUUACGAGGCCUUCAAAGCGUCCCGCAACCUCCAUGACGUGGUGGAGAGGGUGCUGCGGAACCAGCAGGAAGCCCAGAAGGUGCCAGGCCUGAAGAGAACCCUCAGUGUUCAGGCCUCGCUGAUGACGCCCGUGCAGCCCAUGCUGGCUGAAGCCUGCAAGUCGAUUGAGUUCGCCAUGAGGAAGUGUCCCAACGGGAUGUACGCAGAGAUCAAGUACGACGGGGAGCGCGUCCAGGUGCACAAGAAGGGCGACCACUUCAGCUAUUUCAGCCGCAGCUUGAAGUCCGUCCUUCCCCACAAGGUAGCCCACUUCAAGGACUUCAUCCCCAGGGCUUUCCCGGGAGGACACAGCAUGAUCCUGGAUGCCGAAGUCUUGCUGAUCGACACCAGAAGCAGCAAGCCGCUGCCUUUCGGGACGCUUGGGGUGCAUAAGAAAGCCGCCUUCCAGGACGCCAAUGUCUGCCUCUUCGUCUUUGACUGCAUCUACUUCAACGACGUCAGCCUGAUGGACAGGCCUCUCUGUGAGCGCCGCAAGUUCCUCCACGACAACAUGGUGGAAAUCCCGAACCGGAUCCUCUUCUCCGAGAUGAAGCACGUCACGAAAGCUUCAGACCUCGCCGAUAUGAUCAACCGGGUCAUCCGUGAAGGGCUGGAGGGUUUGGUGCUGAAAGACAUAAAGAGCACCUACGAGCCAGGAAAACGCCACUGGCUCAAAGUGAAAAAAGAUUACCUGAACGAGGGAGCAAUGGCCGACACGGCCGACCUGGUGGUGUUGGGGGCAUUCUAUGGGCAAGGCAGCAAAGGCGGGAUGAUGUCCAUCUUUCUCAUGGGCUGCUAUGAUCCCGACAGCCAGAGGUGGUGCACCGUGACCAAAUGCUCUGGGGGGCACGACGACGCCACCCUCGCCCGGCUGCAGAAGGAACUGGACAUGGUGAAAAUCAGCAAGGAUCCCAGUAAAAUUCCAGGAUGGCUUAAGAUAAACAAGAAUUACUACCCAGACUUCAUUGUUCCAGACCCAAAGGCUGCGCCAGUGUGGGAGAUCACAGGUGCCGAGUUCUCCAAAGCAGAGGCCCACACCGCCGACGGGAUCUCCAUCCGCUUCCCCCGCUGCACGCGCAUCCGAGACGACAAAGACUGGACAACGGCCACCACCCUCCCACAGCUCAGGAAGCUGUACCAGCUGUCCAAAGAGCGGUCCGACUUGAUCGUGGCGGCCACGGAGGACGACGCUUCCACCCCCAGCAGCAGUGGGGAGAACGAGGGGCAGGGUGGGCCGCCCACCCCACACAAGGCUGCAAAGGGACCCCCGAGCAAGUCACCUGCAAAGGCCAAGAAGCCUGAAGCUGAGAUCUUUUUAGCCAGCAAACCAGCUGAAAGAUUCCCACUGAAGAAAGCAGAGGAGAAGCGAGGAGAGAAGAGGAAAGCAGCUGAGCUGGAGGAAGACAAGCGAAAGAUGCUGCUGGACAUAUUCACUGGGGUGAAGCUGUAUCUGCCUCCUUCAGUGGAGGGCUUCAGCAAAAUUAGGCGGUACUUCAUAGCCUACGACGGAGACCUGGUCCAAGAAUUUGAUACUGCCUCCGCAACACACGUGAUGGGGGAUGUGGAAGAGAACCUCAUGGCCAAGCAGGUCUCCCCCGACUGGAUCUGGGAGUGCAUUCGGAAACGGAGGCUGGUCGCCCCUCCCUAGGUCAUACAUGGCCUAGUGCACGGGCCCAGGAUACCGCUCGGCUCUUCUUAACUAGUCUCAGUAGCAUCCAAGACCGUGUGGACCACGUAUUUUUUGGAGAAAUCAACAUCUCUGGAAUGAAAUUCAUACCUAUGAACGACCCAUAUGGGAAUCAGUGAACUGACAUGAAGAUUAACUUAAUUGCACCACUGCUAGAUUGCGCUGCUGUUCAUGUUUUAAUAAAUAGGGACAAUACGCUUGCAAAA